GCCCACCUCCCUCAGGCUCCCCGGCGGCUGGGCCCGCGCGCCCACCUCCCUCAGGCUCCCCGGCGACGCCCGUUUCCACAGCCGGGGCGACGAUGGCGGUCGCGGACCAGAAGUCGCCCAACGUUCUGCUGCAGAACCUGUGCUGCCGGAUUCUGGGCAAGAGCGAAGCUGAUGCAGCCCAACAGUUCCAGUACGCUGUGCGAGUUAUCGGCAGCAACUUUGCCCCCACUGUUGAAAGAGAUGAAUUUCUAGUAGCUGAAAAAAUCAAGAAAGAACUUAUCCGACAACGAAGAGAAGCAGAUGUUGCAUUAUUUUCAGAACUCCACAGAAAACUUCAUUCGCAGGGAGUUUUGAAAAAUAAAUGGUCGAUACUCUACCUCCUCCUCAGCCUUAGUGAAGACCCGCGUAAGCAGCCAAACAAGGUUUCUAGCUAUGCCGCAUUAUUUGCUCAAGCAUUACCAAGAGAUGCUCAUUCAACUCCGUACUACUAUGCCCGGCCCCAGACUCUCCCCUUGAAUUACCAGGAUCGGAGCACCCAGUCAGCACAGAGUUCUGGCAGUAUGGGAAGCAGUGGGAUCAGCAGUAUAAGCAUGUAUGCCCUGAAUGGCCCAACACCAACGCCACAGUCUCUCCUUCCUGGACAGUCUCAUCAAGCUCCAGGAGUAGGAGAUUGCCUUCGACAGCAGUUGGGGUCACGUCUUGCAUGGACUUUAACUGCAAACCAGCCUUCUUUACAAACCACUACCUCCAAAGGUAUCCCAAACGCUGUUUCUCGCAACAUGACGAGGUCAAGGAGAGAAGGGGAUUCGAGUGGCACUGUGGAAAUUACCGAAGCAGCCCUUGUCAGAGACAUUUUGUAUGUCUUCCAGGGCAUAGAUGGCAAAAUCAUCAAAAUGAGCAAUACUGAAAAUUGUUAUAAAGCAGAAGGAAAGGCAAACCUAAACAAAUCUUUGAGAGAUACAACAAUCAGACUUGCUGAGCUGGGAUGGUUACAUAAUAAAAUCAGAAAAUACAUUGACCACAGGAGUUUAGACCGCUCAUUUGGACUUGUAGGUCAGAGCUUUUGUGUUGCCUUGCACCAGGAACUCAAAGAGUACUACCGAUUGCUCUCUGUUUUACAUUCACAGCUGCAAUUAGAGGAUGAUCAGGGUGUAAAUAUGGGACUUGAGAGUAGCUUAACACUUCGGCGCCUCCUGGUUUGGACAUACGAUCCUAAAAUAAGACUGAAGACACUUGCAGCCCUGGUUGAUCACUGUCAAGGUAGGAAAGGCGGUGAGCUGGCAUCAGCUGUCCAUGCAUACACAAAAACAGGAGAUCCGUAUGUGAGAUCUCUAGUGCAGAAUAUUCUUAACCUGGUGUCGCAUCCUGUGCUCAACUUUCUUUAUCGCUGGAUAUAUGAUGGAGAGCUAGAGGACACGUACCACGAGUUUUUUGUAGCAUCAGAUCCAACAGUUAAAACAGAUAGACUGUGGCAUGACAAGUACACUUUAAGGAAAUCCAUGAUUCCUUCAUUUAUUACAAUGGAUCAAUCUAGAAAGGUCCUUUUGAUAGGAAAAUCGAUAAAUUUUUUGCACCAGGUUUGCCACGAUCAGACACCAACUACAAAGAUGAUAGCUGUGACUAAGUCUGCUGAGCCACCCAAGGAUGCUGUGGAUUUAUUCACAGAUUUAGAAAAUGCAUUUCAGGGAAAAAUUGAUGCAGCUUAUUUCGAGACCAGCAAAUACCUAUUGGAUGUUCUCAAUAAAAAAUACAGCUUGCUGGACCACAUGCAGGCAAUGAGGCGGUACUUACUUCUUGGUCAAGGAGAUUUUAUAAGACACUUAAUGGAUUUGCUAAAACCAGAACUUGUCCGUCCAGCUACUACUUUGUAUCAACAUAACUUGACUGGAAUUCUUGAAACUGCUGUCAGAGCGACCAAUGCCCAGUUUGACAGUCCUGAAAUUCUCAAAAGACUGGAUGUUAGGCUCCUGGAGGUCUCUCCAGGUGAUACUGGAUGGGAUGUCUUCAGCCUUGACUAUCAUGUUGAUGGACCAAUUGCAACUGUAUUUACUCGAGAAUGUAUGAGCCACUACCUAAGAGUAUUUAAUUUCCUCUGGAGGGCUAAACGGAUGGAAUAUAUCCUUACUGACAUACGAAAAGGACAUAUGUGCAAUGCAAAGCUCCUGAGAAAUAUGCCAGAGUUCUCUGGGGUCCUGCAUCAGUGUCACAUUCUGGCCUCGGAGAUGGUCCACUUCAUUCAUCAGAUGCAGUAUUACAUUACGUUUGAGGUGCUUGAAUGUUCUUGGGAUGAACUUUGGAACAAAGUGCAGCAGGCUCAAGAUUUGGACCACAUCAUCGCAGCACAUGAGGUGUUCUUAGACACCAUCAUUUCUCGAUGUUUGCUGGACAGUGACUCCAGGGCACUUUUAAAUCAACUUAGAGCUGUGUUUGAUCAAAUUAUUGAACUUCAGAAUGCUCAAGAUGCAAUAUACAGAGCUGCUUUGGAAGAAUUACAGAAACGAUUACAGUUCGAAGAGAAAAAGAAGCAGCAUGAAAUUGAGGGCCAGUGGGGAGUGACAGCAGCUGAGGAAGAAGAAGAGAACAAGAGGAUUCAAGAAUUUCAAGAAUCUAUACCAAAAAUGUGUUCACAGUUGCGAAUACUUACACAUUUCUACCAGGGUAUCGUGCAGCAGUUUUUGGUGUUACUGACGACCAGCUCUGAUGAAAGUCUCCGGUUUCUCAGCUUUAGGUUGGACUUUAACGAACACUACAAGGCCCGAGAGCCAAGGCUGCGAGUGUCUCUGGGCACUAGAGGCCGACGCAGCUCCCACAUGUGAGGCACCUGGUGUGGUCACAGGGAGCUGCGGAUGACAUUCAUUGCUUUGUUAGACAUAAAAGUUCACAUUUAAAUUGUCAAGCCAAGUGGCAUGCUGCAUAGUGUCUACCAUGUCUGCCCGCAGAUAGUUCAGGUGUUUGAUGGCACUGUGUUCUGGUAGAAUGUAAGGUCAUGAUUUUAUACAUUCAAGUUGGAUAUAUUUGUAAUACCACUAAGUUAAAUAGGUUGGUUUGCACUAUUCAAGUUUUAUUUUUAAAAAUCUUCAUAUUUAAAAGAUGCCACACUUUGUUGAGUUUCUGAGCUCGUCAUUAUAUAAUUUAUAUUUGUCACUUUGUAAAAAACAGUUUCUUUGUGAGAAAAUUAGGGUAAUGGGAUAUUCAUCAUUUAAGAUGGUAAUGUCAUUUCUAUUUUUUAAACAUCCUCUUUAGAUAACCUUUUUUGUUAAUAUAACCAAGUUGAAACAAAACGUCCCCACUAAGAAAAUACAUAGAGCAUUUUAUUUUGCUUUUUGAUGUUGUAAAGUAUUAACCUCGUCAGAUCCUUAUAUAUUACUGCAUUAUCUUUACAUAUGUUUAUUAUUUUCUUUUAAAGUUUACAUUUUUGUAGUUAAUUUACUAUUUCAGAUAACUUCUAAAAUAGGAGCGAUAUGCAGCAAAGACAUCCUUAACAGUGUGUCUUGAAUUUCUUGAAACUAUUAGCUGAAGCAGUGUGUAAAUAUGAAUGACUAGAAAAGUUAAUGAAGUAUUUUAUUUUCAAAACCCUGAUGAGCAUUGGAAGGAAAUGGACUUGAAUAAUGAAGAUUUCCUUUUUCCUUGCCUAUUUUUUCAUUGUAAAUAUUUAUAUACUACCAACCAGAUGUUGGGGGAAGUGUUUUUUUUUGUAAAAAUGUCAUAUCAGGUCAUAUAAAUUUGCCUUUAUUAUGUUCCAUAAGUGAAAACUUAGGAAAUUAAAAGUAAUUAUCUUUCAAGUGUAUUGGUUAUUUCUUGAUGAACAAAUACCGUUCAUUUGCCAGGUUUGGGAGGUUGGGGUUGACAGAGUUUGGCUUAAUGUGCUGUAGUAUAUGGAUUAUCUGAUAAUCAGUGAGACCAGCGCAUUAGACUAUGUACACAGCUUUAAAUUGGGGAAGUUUACCUACCACUCAGUGCCUGUGGGAUCUGCCCUUAUAGUGACCUCAUACCUGCCUGUGUUUCCUUCUAUGUGUAGAGUCCACUUAAAAGGGAGAAAUCCAGAGCCCUGGGAAUGCAGAAGUGAAUGCAUGAUGAAGGUCAGAGGAUAUAAAUUUUAGUUUAAAAAGUCAUAAAAUCAGAAAUUUGAAGCAGGUUUCUCUUACUGCAAGACUUCCCAGGAAUUAUGGUAUAUUGUAUAUCUCCAAGAGAAAUUUCCCAAAGUUAUUUGACCAUAGAACCUGUUUUUAUUUUAUUUAUUUAAAGCAUUUCUCAAGGGACUAACGUUCAGUAGAAUCACUCUGAAAUGUGCUGUUACAGAUUUAGAGAUGAAAACUCCAUUUAAGAUGGGGAACCAUUCAGGUAGUUAGAUUAGAUAUCUGGAUUGUGGAUCACACUUGUGAAAAGGUGUCCUCCUUUGUAUCAACAGCCAUGAAAGGCCUGGCAGGAGCCGAGUUGCAGGUCUUACUAUUAGAACAGAAUGGUGGGUCAGAAAGGUGGAGUCGUCAGGGCCACAGAUCAUCAUAGAUGAGACAUUGGAUGAAAAAGACAACACUGUUAAUGGACAAAAUUAAUAAAAUCAGGCCGUUUGCAGAGCGGAGAUACAGAGCAGCAAAGGCCUGGUAAACUGGAAUCAGCAAGGGUAUUGGUGGCUGGGGGAACAUCAAACGGAAUCAGCGAAGGUAUUGGUGGCUGGGGGAGCGUCAGACUAGGUGGUGUUGAGGUAAGAGCAGUGCAGCGGAAGGAUUUAAUCAGGAUCCAUGGGGUACGCCAUUGCUCAUCCACUUUUUUCGGCUCUCAUGUUUUCUGGGAAGCCGUUUUCCCAAUGUCACUCUCUGCUGCAGCUAUUCAGAAGCGUUUAUGACUGUUUGAAAUGGAAAAAAACAGGUAUGUGCCAUGAAAUACUGUGUCUACAGGGUGUUAUAUGAGGUGUGUGCAUUUUUGAUAGGAAAGAUAGACUCUGGUGCAGCUGUGAUUUUCGGGGUUCAAAUUAGUUGGACAGUUUGGAUUGUCUCACUAGACUCUGAGGUUAGGCUUAUGAGACAGAAAAAAAAUCCGUACUAAAAAACAAAAAUUGGGACACAAUGAUUCAGCACAUUUCCAUUAAAGAAAACACAUGGCGUCAACAGAAAAUUGACGGGAGAAAAUAGUAGGGUUUUGAAAGGGUUAAACAGCAUUUGAAGGCAGAGUACCUUCACAUGGCCCUGGGAGUUUCAUCUAGAAAAGUAAUCCCUCCUGUUUGCAGGGUCGUUGUAAAGAUUAAAGGUGCUGUAUACCUAAGGUUUGGUUCUAGAAGGACCUAGUAAACAGUGCUAAUGUGUUCUGGUGGAGUGAAGCCUUUUGCCCUGGGCAGCUUCCGUAAGCCAAACCUAGCUUUUCUGGACUUGAGGACAUGUCCUACCCACAUAGAAAGUUUCAGUUACUGUGGCUGAAUGUAAAGUUACCCUCUGGGUGAAGGGGCUUUCCUUCCUUGUGAUCAGGCUGUUUAGCUCAACUCAAGUGAGGAAAACAUUUGCCGUUUCUCCCUGGCUGACCUUGUCAUCUAGCAGAAAACAUGGCAUCGGUAAUUCCCAAAUCCGUAUGGGAAAACUUGUCCUCCAAACUUUAAUAAAUAGGACAUGAGAGCACAGCAAACAUGAGGAGCCCCAUUUAUUAGCACCAAAUAACAAUGGUCAUAUUCAAAUUGAGUCACAAAGCACAAAUCAUACGCAGAAACAGAUUAGUGUUAGUAGAAACCGUGCACUACCAUUGUAUCGUGUUUGAUAUCUGAAGCUGUAAAGGCCAUAUGUGGUCUGAGGUUGACACCAGAGCUGCUGUGGCUCCUAGUGUUUGAUUUAUGAACCUUAGUUACAAAUAGCCAUCUUCUCUCAGCAUCUGUAGAACUGGGAAGUAAAUGGUUGGCCCUGUGUUAGUAAUAAAAACAUCACCUCCUGCUGUGUUUUAUGUAUUUAAACAGAUAUGUAAGAAGAAAACAGAACAAUACAUAGUAGGUUAGAAUUCAGAAAUAGUAAUUAUAUACAAGUUAUAUGGAAAUUAAAUGAAUGCAAUUAAGUACAGGAGCGGUAGGUAGAGCUCGGUUAGUUCUGAAUUCGGUGAAGGUGGAGCUAGACUCCAAGGGCCUCUUGGAAUUUGACUUGGUGCAAAAGAAAGGAGGAGCGACAGAUCAAAUUAUCUCACAGAUGUCAGUUCUUAGGGCUUCUUGCCGUUUGUCAGAAAUAUCACUGUCUUGAACAAGUAACUAUUUACCCUAAUGACCCUGCUUGGUUUUAAUAGCCUAACAAUUACUUGGCACCUUUUUAGUGGAUAGAAUAUAAACAACCUUUUCAUUUUCUACUGUGGUUAUUGCACUAUUCAGAUAUUUUGAGUUAAUUUUUAGUAAUUUUUACUUCCUAGAAAAUUAGGCAUUUUCAU